GAAACGUCCGUGACACCAUGAAGGUAGCACGGCGCCGCCUUACUGUGUGAUAUCCCUCCGCGGGAGCGAAGCGCGGCCCUUUCCCUCCCGACAUCACAGGAUGUGAACGGGCGGCAAGGAAGCCACUACUCUAAGAUUGAACAUUUACUCGCAGUGCUGCGUACAGAAAACCCGAGCGCUUUGCCGGGAACCGCCAUCUCUGUUCGCGGUCACUGAAGUAUAUCGCGGCCCAGAGCAAAGCACCUCCGUGGAAGAGGAAAUAAUCCCGCUGUGAGCGAAAGCAGAGUCACCGAAAGAAGAGCACAGAAGAGAGAGAGAUCCGGGACCCGGAAUGGAACUAAUCGCUAUCCUAGAGAAAACCGUAUCCCCAGAUCGAAAUGAACUGGAGGCUGCACAGAAGUUCCUGGAACAUGCUGCUCUGGAGAACCUGACCACAUUCCUGGUGAAGUUGUCGAUGGUGUUGGCCAACCCUGGGAACACACAAGUUGCUCGGGUGGCUGCUGGUUUGCAGGUCAAGAACUCCCUCACCUCCAAAGACCCUGAUGUCAAGACACGCUACCAGCAGCGAUGGCUGGCCAUCGAUGCCAACGCCCGCUGCGAGAUCAAGAACUAUGUUUUACAGACCCUGGGCACAGAGACGUACAGGCCCAGCUCGGCCUCUCAGUGUGUCGCCGGGAUUGCCUGUGCGGAGAUUCCUGUUAACCAGUGGCCCGAACUGAUCCUGCAGCUGGUGGAAAAUGUCACCAACCCAUCCAGCACUGAACACAUGAAGGAAUCCACACUAGAGGCUAUUGGCUACAUCUGUCAGGACAUCGACCCAGAGCACUUACAGGAUAACGCCAACCAGAUUUUGACAGCCAUCAUCCAGGGAAUGAGGAAGGAGGAGCCGAGCAACAACGUCAAACUCGCCGCAACCAAUGCUCUGCUCAACUCACUGGAGUUCACCAAGGCCAACUUUGACAGAGAAACGGAGCGCCACUUCAUCAUGCAAGUGGUGUGUGAGGCCACGCAGUGUCCCGAUACCAGAGUGCGAGUGGCUGCCCUCCAGAACCUGGUGAAGAUCAUGUCUCUGUAUUACCAGUACAUGGAGACCUACAUGGGCCCAGCUCUGUUCGCGAUCACCAUUGAAGCGAUGAAGAGUGACAUUGAUGAGGUAGCGCUGCAGGGUAUUGAAUUCUGGUCCAACGUUUGUGAUGAGGAGAUGGACCUGGCCAUUGAGGCUUCAGAGGCGUCAGAGCAGGGGCGCCCCCCAGAGCACACUAGUAAGUUCUAUGCCAAGGGGGCCUUGCAAUACUUGGUACCUAUCCUGACCCAGACCCUCACCAAACAGGAUGAGAACGAUGACGACGACGACUGGAACCCCUGCAAGGCAGCCGGGGUGUGUCUGAUGCUGCUUGCCACAUGCUGCGAGGACGAUGUGGUCCCCCAUGUCCUGCCCUUUAUCAAAGAGAACAUUAAACACCCAGACUGGCGGUACCGCGACGCCUCCGUCAUGGCCUUCGGCUCAAUCCUGGAAGGUCCGGAACUAAACCAGUUAAAACCACUCGUUAUCCAAGCCAUGCCCACUCUGAUCGACCUGAUGAAGGACCGCAGCGUGGUGGUCAGGGACACCACAGCGUGGACCGUGGGUCGCAUCUGUGAACUGCUACCUGAAGCCGCCAUCAAUGAGGUUUACCUGGAGCCACUGCUGACGUGUCUCAUCGAGGGCUUGGGGGCGGAGCCCAGAGUUGCGUCCAAUGUCUGUUGGGCCUUUUCGUCUCUGGCGGAGGCAGCGUACGAGGCCACGGAUGCAGCUGAGGACCAGGAGGAACCGUGCACCUACUGUUUGUCCUCCAGCUUUGAGCUUAUCGUCCAGAAACUGCUGGAGACCACAGACAGACCUGACGGUCACCAGAACAACCUGCGCUCGGCGGCGUACGAGGCUCUGAUGGAGAUCGUUAAGAACAGCGCCAAGGAUUGUUACCCUGCAGUGCAGAAGACCACGCUGGUCAUCAUGGAGCGGCUGAAGCAGGUCAUGCAGAUGGAGUCUCACAUUCAGAGCACGUCGGACCGGAUCCAGUUCAACGACCUGCAGUCACUGCUCUGCGCCACGCUACAGAAUGUCCUGCGAAAGGUUCAGCACCAGGAUGCGCUGCAGAUCUCGGACAUGGUGAUGGGGUCUCUGCUCAGAAUGUUCCAGAGCACAGCUGGAUCAGGAGGAGUUCAGGAGGACGCUCUAAUGGCCGUGUCCACGCUGGUGGAAGUUCUAGGCAGUGACUUUCAGAAAUACAUGGAAGCAUUUACACCGUUUCUCGCUAUCGGUCUGAGGAACUACGCUGAGUACCAGGUGUGUCUGGCAGCUGUUGGUCUGGUCUGUGACCUGUGUCGAGCUCUGAUGUCCAACAUCCUUCCUUAUUGUGACGACAUCAUGCAGCUGCUUCUGGAGAACUUGGGGAACGAGAACGUGCAUCGCUCAGUGAAGCCUCAGAUCCUCUCGGCGUUUGGUGACAUCGCUCUGGCCAUCGGAGGAGAGUUUAAGAAGUAUCUGAAGAUUGUAUUGGACACGUUGCAGCAGGCGUCCCAGGCUCAGGUGGACAAGACGGACUACGACAUGGUGGACUACCUGAACGAGCUGAGGGAGGGCUGUCUGGAGGCCUACACCGGCAUCAUCCAGGGCCUAAAGGGCGACCAGGAAAAUGUCCACCCUGACGUGCUGCUGGUUCAGCCGCGGGUGGAGUUUAUCCUGUCCUUCAUCCACCACAUAGCUGAGGAUGAGGAUCAUUCUGACGGAGUGGUGGCCAGUGCUGCUGGACUGAUUGGUGACCUGUGCACAGCCUUUGGUAAAGAGAUGAUGCAGUUGCUGGACACACAUCCUCCCAUCAACGACCUGCUGACAGAAGGUCGACGCUCAAAGACCUCCAAGACCAAGACCCUGGCCACGUGGGCCACCAAGGAGCUGCGCAAGCUGAAGAGCCAGGCCUAAUGCCUGACAGACAGACAGAGACGUGAGUGAAGGACAAACUUCCCACUGGACGAAAAUCUUCUGUGUCUGUAAACAGAAGACGAGUGUGUGAGGGAGAGAGAGAGGUGUGUGUGUUUGCGUGUAUGAGCGAGUGAGAGAUGACAUCACACUGCCCUGAAAUCCCUCCCCCCUCUCUGUGGACUGGACUCUUGACUCCACCCUUUGCCUUUAUGCUAGCUCCGCACCUGAGAUAAUUACCCACCUCUGGUGGACUGCUUCUGAUGAUGACAUCACCGGGCUGCUUCUCAGGGUGGCGGACUCGUAGUGGACGUUCCUUUUUUUUUUUUUUUUUUUUUUUUUGGUUCUAGUUUUUUUGUUCUUUUUUUUUUCUUUUCUUUUGUUCUGAGCACUCAAUCAGCGACAAGCUCUAACGGACACAGACACUUGGCAAAUGCCGCCGCCGCCGUGUCACCAACAGCAGCACUAAAAAGUUUCAGGCUCCGCCCAUUAAGGGGCCUCUCCAAGGAGCGAGUGCCAAAUGAAAAGAUUUGUUUGGGAAACGGUGACUUACCUUCACGUUGGUGUUAGAAAGUUCUGGAAAUAAGACAUUUGUACGAGCUUCUAUUUUUCCAUUUGCUGAUGAAAAUAAAAUAAUGUGAAACAUUCCCCACGCAGUUCGUCUUCUGUCAGAUUCUGGACUCGACAACCGUCUGGACUUUGACCCCGAGUUCUCUGGCUUUUUUUGUUUUACUUUUAUAAUUUUUUUUUUUCUUCCCACCUUCACUCUUCUGACAUAGUACUCGCUCCACCUCCAUGUCAGGACUUGGGAUAAUCAAACAAAUGUCAGAAAUCAAAAUUCCUGUGCGUGGACAACAAAGAGGGCUUUUAUUUUGUAGGGGAAUGCACUUCCUGUGUUGACACAUGCACUUGGAACUUGCUUUUUAUUUCAUAACUUUAGUGAAUUAAUAAAGUCUAUAUUGUUCUGAA